CUCGGUCGGCGGGACCCUCGAUCUGCGGGACCCUCGGUCGGCGGGACCCCCGGUCUGCGCCGUGCGCGCCCCCGGAACGGCGGCGGGGCGGAAGCGGCGGAACGGAAACGGAAGCGGCGGAACGGCCGGGCCGGGCGGCCAUGGCGGCGGGCGGGGAGGAGGAGGAGGGCUGCGAGCACUACCGGCGCGGCUGCCUGCUGCGGGCGCCGUGCUGCGGGAAGCUGUACGCCUGCCGCCUGUGCCACGACGGCGCCGAGGAGCACCAGCUGGACCGCUUCAGCGUGGCCGAGGUGCAGUGCGCCCGCUGCCGCCUCCUGCAGAAGGCCCAGCAGCGCUGCGAGGGCUGCCACAACCUCUUCGGCGAGUACUACUGCAGCAUCUGCCACCUGUUCGACCGCGACAAGCAGCAGUACCACUGCGCCGAGUGCGGGAUCUGCAGGAUUGGGCCGAAGGAGGAUUUUUUCCACUGUUCAAAGUGCAACUUGUGCCUGAGCUUGAGUCUUCUUGGAAAGCACAAGUGCAUCGAGAACGUGUCGAGGCAGGACUGCCCGAUAUGUCUGGAGGACAUCCACACGUCCCGCGUUGGCGCUCACGUCCUGCCCUGCGGUCACCUCCUGCACAGAACGUGCUACGAGGACAUGCUGAAGGAGGGUUACAGGUGUCCGCUCUGCAUGCGCUCGGCGCUGGACAUGACGCGGUACUGGCGGCAGCUGGAUGACGAGGUGGCGCUGACCCCCAUGCCCCCCGAGUACCAGAACAUGAUGGUGCAGAUCCUGUGCAACGACUGCAACGCCCGCUCCACGGCGCAGUUCCACCUGCUGGGCAUGAAGUGCGGCAACUGCGACUCGUACAACACGGCGCAGGACGGGACCUGCCGGCUGGCGGCCGAGGAGCCGUGAGGGGCCCCCCCGCCGCACAGCGACGAGCGCGCUCCUCGCUAAUAAACGCACACAAAGCUCUCACGGCGACGGGUGGAACGUGGUUUAAUGGACGCGGGUGUGUUCGCACCCGUUUCUUCCCCGUUUCGCUUUGUUCGCUGCCGUAGGGUUUGGGCCGCGGCCGUAGCUCGGUGCGUCGAUGGUCGCGAACGCUCAGCGCCGACCACUCGGAGCCCGAGGCGUUCGCUGAAGUAGCUGCAGUUCGUAGAAGCACUCGAGUAGUGCGGGGACCAGUUUUCUGUGAUGUUUCUUGUUUUGUUUUCUAGUGGCACCUGAUUUCCUUGUGGGGACAGAAAGGAGGGCGGAGGAGCGCUGCUUUUUAGAACAACACCUUCCCCCCCUUUUCUUUCGAGGUGUUUGCAGACUAAGUGUAACGGAGAGUUUAGUGGAUGAGAAUUCAGGACGUGCAAGGUGUCCAAAGUCCAUGAAACCUUUUUGCUUGUUAAAGCCCCGUUUGUCUUCACCACGGGACCACUUGUUGACAAACAGCAGCUUUUCUGACCCCGGCCGUUCCCCUUCUUGUCAGAAACCCAGGAUUCGGGUGCCGCUGUGACCGAACCUCCCCUGUACCUGAGGCUCUUUUUUUCUGAAGCACUUUUCUCUCUGUUUAUAAAUAAAUGUAAAAUAAAGUCUCUAUUAAACUGA